AUGAGGGCUGUUUUGCUGACUGCUGUCCUGGCUUUGGUCUCAGUGCCCAGGAUCUGGGCAGUAUGGCUGGGAAGGCUGGACCCAAAGCAGCUUCUGGGCCCCUGGUAUGUCCUGGCCAUGGCCUCUGGGGAGAAGGGCUUUGCCGUGGAGAAAGACACAAAGAACAUUGAGGGUGUCAUAGUGACUUUGACGCCAGAGAACCGCUUGAGGAUGAGGUCUUCUCGGCACAGGUUGGAGAGCUGCGACUUGAAAGAUAUGGAGCUGCUGAAACAGAAUUCCCGAUGGGUGUUUGAGAACCCCUCCUUGGGUGUGCUGGAAUACCGAGUGCUGAGUACCAACUUCAGAGACUACGCAAUCAUCUUCACACAGCUGGAGUUUGAGGAUGAGGCCUUCAACACUGUGGAGCUCUAUAGUCGCACAGAGCUGGCCAGUCCAGAGGCCCUUCGGCUCUUCACCAAGUGGAGUGAGGGCCUGGGAUUUCUGGCGCAGCAGCGGGCAGAGCUGCAGAAGGACCUUACCUGUGCACACAAGGUCCUCCAGUAUGAGAGGCCAGGAGUUCACUUCCUUGAGGACUUAGGGGAUGAGUCUAAGGGGUGA